AUGAGAUGCUUCCGUCUUCGUACUCCCGUCGUCAUCACACGUCGCAUACCCUGUGCGCUCUCUUCCUCCAGCGUAUUGACUCGCUCGGCCUCGUCUUCCUCCUCUUCGUACAAUGGCGAAUCCGUCGCCCGCACUCUUAAGUUGCUCCAACGUCGCAAGGUCUCGACGCUUGACCUGGGCAUUUACAAGCGGACAAAGAAGCGCAUUACAAUGGUCACAGCGUAUGACUUUCCAUCGGCAGUGCACGUGGAUUUAGCAGGUUUUGACGUGCUGCUGGUGGGCGACUCGGUGGGGAUGGUCGAGUUGGGGAUGGACACGACGAUUCCAGUGACUCUGGGAGAUAUGAUUCAUCAUACCCGAGCAGUGAAACGUGGAGCCUCUCGUCCGCUGGUGGUCACAGACAUGCCUUUUGGCACGUGUGAAGGAGCACCGUUUGAAGCGCUGAAGAACGCGCAGCGUCUCAUGAAGGAAGGGGGUGCGGACUGUGUGAAAAUUGAAGGAGGCAAGGAGCGCGCGGAGACGAUUAAGACCAUCGUCGGUGGAGGCAUUGCUGUGAUGGGCCACAUCGGACUUCGUCCACAGCACAUAAGUGUUCUGGGAGGGUUUCGCGCUCAAGGCCGCACGGCUUCGCAAGCACGAACGAUUAUCGAGGACGCUUUGGCCGUGCAAAAGGCAGGUGCAUUUGCGGUAGUGCUGGAAUGCAUUCCAUCGGUCGUAGCCAAGGCAGUGACGAAGCUGCUCAGAAUCCCAACGAUUGGCAUUGGCGCUGGCCCGGAAACGGACGGCCAGGUGCUAGUCUUCCAUGACCUGCUGGGCAUGCUCCAGCACCCACACCACGCACAAUUUGUUCCCAAGUUUUGCAAGCGCUACGCUGACGUCGGUGAACAAAUUCGCAUCGGUCUUGAGAAGUAUCGUGACGAUGUGGAGAGCGGUCGUUUUUCAAGUGAGGCGUACUCCCCGUACAAGAUGUCAGAAGAAGAAACCAGGAAAUUGCACGAUAUGGUGGCCAACGAAUACAACCAAAAGGACGGCGACAAGUGCGACAAGGAGGCACCUUCGGAAGUCACGAAGGUCUACUGA